UGUACUGACCUCACAAGACAGCCACCCAAAAGUACAAACAUUCAAUUCAACAUUACCUAAAAAAAAUGUAACUCUCUUCCUACAUCCAUUUGUUUACAACCUAUUAAAACACCACACACACAUAAACAUAACCAAAACCUAUAAUAACAUUCUUUCAAGAACCUAAAAACAAGACAUGGAAGAUGAAAUUAAGAAAUUCAUUAAGGUAUGGCUUACAUCUACAAUAUGUCUAUGUUAUUGUUAUUACAUAUCCUCCAAAAUCCCAAAAGGCUUUUUAAGGUUUCUCUCUAUCUCCCCAAUUCUCUACCUCUUCAUUACCCUUCCUUUAAACCUUUCUUCUUUCCACCUUGGUGGCCCCACAAUCUUCUUCCUUGUUUGGCUUUCGACUUUUAAACUCAUUCUUUUCUCCUUAAACCAACCUCCUCUUUUCCCUCUCCCAAACACAGUCUUCCAUUUCAUUUCCAUUGCAUCACUCCCCAUUAACCCAACUAACCCAACAAACCCAAAAACAACUUUGUUACCUAAAAAACCGAAUUUGCCCCUUGUUUUUUUCAAAGUAGUUAUAUUGGUAGUACUCAUAUGUUGCUAUGAAUAUAGAGAACACAUGCACCCUCAUUUGAUUUUAUUCCUCUACUGCAUCCAUAUGUACCUCGGUAUAGAGCUGGUCCUAGCACUUUCUGCUGCACCGGUUCGAACCGUGUUUGGGUUCGAAAUCGAACCGCAAUUCAACGAACCUUACUUAUCAACCUCGCUUCAAGAUUUCUGGGGGCGUAGGUGGAACCUCACGGUAACGCGUACGCUACGCCCUACCGUAUACAAUCCCGUUCGCCACGCCGUUUCAUCUUAUGUCGGUACAAAGUUUGCAACUUCGAUUGCCACGCUGGCAACUUUUGUUGUGUCGGGUUUAAUGCACGAGGUUAUUUAUUAUUAUCUUGCACGUGUGUCUCCCACGUGGGAAGUCACGUGGUUUUUCGUGCUUCAUGGUGUUUGUACUUCGGUUGAGGUUGCGGUUAAGAAGAUUGUUCUCCGCCGUGGGUGGAGGUUGCACCGUGCCGUGUCGGGUUUGAUUACGGUGGCGUUUUUGGCUGUUACGGGGAAUUGGUUAUUUUUUCCUCAGUUGCUUAGGAAUGGUGUUGAUAGGAAGGGUAUUGAAGAGUAUGAAGUUAUUAUGGAUUUUGUGAAAGAUAAGUUAGUGCAAUUACAUUUGUUUAGUUGAUUAGAUUUUGAUUUGUAGUCGACAUUAGUUUUUAUAAACUUGCAAAUUUGGAAUUAUAGUUUUGUUUCAUUGAUUGAAAUUGAUUUGCUAUGAUCAUGAGCAUGUUGUUUUCGGCUCUUAUUUAUA